AUGAAAAGCUUUCCUGUUGCCUUUCUUGUUCUCCUGAUCUUCAUCCUGAGUGUCCAUCGUGGAGUUACCACACGUGGCAGUGAUGUGGCCAAGUUCUGCUGCUUCCAAUAUAGCCACAAGAUCCUUCCCUGGAAGUGGAUACAGUCCUAUAAAUUCACCAGGAGCAGCUGCUCCCAGCAGGCUGUGAUAUUCACUACUAAAAAAGGCCAUAAAGUCUGUGCACAGCCAAAGGAAAAAUGGGUGCAAAGAUAUAUUGCUUUACUCAGAGAACAGCAGCAAUCGUGA